UGCGUAGGUGUUCACAUGAGAUCAUUAGAUCAGUCGAAGCAUUGUCUCAACUCUCAUAUAUUAAAAUAUUUGAAUUGUUCAAACAUUCAACCACAUCCAAACGUAAUUAUGGACAACGAGAAUGUCAAUGGAAUUGUUGAGGAAAAGAGCUUUGAUUCUAAUAUCAUGGAAGAAUCUCAGAUUCGUCACAGAACACCAUGGAGCGAUAGAAUUUCCCUAAAUAGUGAUAUUCCUGGACUUCAUGAAGUCAAAGAAUUACUUGAAGAAGAUGACACAAGCUGCUUGGCAGAAGAAGAAGAUGGAGUUGGCUGUCCACUGCCAUCCACUCCAGAAGAUGACCGUCUACUGGAUUGUGAGAUGACUGAAGUUUUGAAAGCUGGAGUUCUCAGUGAUGAAAUAGAUCUUGGAGCCUUGGCUCAUAAUGCAGCAGAGCAAGCAGAGGAAUUUGUUCGCAAGGUUUGGGAAGCAUCGUGGAAGCAAUGCCAUUUCCGUAACCUGCCUAAAUGGUUGCAAGACAACGAUUUUCUACAUGCUGGUCAUCGACCACCAUUGCCAUCAUUUUAUGCAUGUUUCAAAAGUAUUUUCCGUAUUCACACUGAAACAGGAAAUAUAUGGACACAUCUAUUAGGAUGUGUGGCAUUCAUAGGUAUAGCAAUAUAUUUUCUAACACAAACACAUAUGGAUAUGAAAUGGGAAGAGAAAUUAGUUAUUGGUACUUUCUUCCUUGGAGCUAUCAUAUGUUUAGGCAUGUCAUUUGCUUUCCACACUGUUCACUGCCACAGUGAAUGUGUUGGAAAGUUAUUUUCAAAACUAGAUUACUGCGGCAUUGCCAUGCUCAUUAUGGGAAGUUUUGUACCAUGGCUCUACUAUGGAUUUUACUGUGAUUAUCAACCAAAACUGAUAUAUUUAUCAGUAGUUGUGGUUCUUGGAAUAACUAGUAUUGUAGUUUCUUUAUGGGAAAGAUUUGGAGAACCCAAAUACAGACCUCUACGCGCUGGAGUCUUUAUGGGUUUUGGCCUUAGUGGAGUAAUUCCAGCUGUUCAUUACGCUGUUGCUGAAGGAUGGUUCAAAGCUAUCAGUCAAGCUUCUCUUGGAUGGUUGAUUUUAAUGGGAUGCUUAUAUAUACUAGGAGCUAUGUUUUAUGCUCUACGUGUUCCUGAACGAUUUUUCCCCGGAAAAUUCGACAUUUGGUUCCAAAGUCAUCAAAUCUUCCAUGUAUUAGUUAUUGCAGCAGCUUUUGUACAUUAUCAUGGUAUAACUGAAAUGGCCAUGCACAGAAUCAGUAUUGGUGAUUGUGCUGUACCAUCACAAAUGAUGGCUUUUUGAAACACUGUUUAAAUCAAUUGAAUUUUAUCAUAAAAGUUAAUUGUCCAAUGCAGGCACUUGAUUUUAUAAUUUUGUAAAGAAAGAUUAAUCAUUUUCAACAAAAGAUUUAAAGGUUGUUAUUGUAGUUACGUAAUUUGAUCUUCUUUAUCAAUUACAAUUAAUUUUUGAUUAACACUUUAGCUAAAAUACUUUCAAUGUUACUUUGUAUUGUAAGAACAAGUAGUUCUCUGCUUCUUCAUUAUUUACGUCGCUGACCAAAACUUAAUUUUUUACAUAGAAACUAUUAUUUAAUAAGAUUACAAAACAAUGCAAUUAUGUUAAAAAAUUCCAAAAAAGUAUAGAUAAUUUCUAGCGAAUAUUACAUUACAUAUGCAUAUUAAAGUUCUUUGAAAAAUAUUUCAUUAUGCUAUUAAAUCAAUUCUUUAGUUUUAUACAUUUAUUAAUUCAUUAGUUAUUUUAUUACAUGUGGAAAUUGCUUGCAAAUGAUGAGACUUGAAAAUAAUUAAUGUCUAUAACUUUUAAUUGAACAAAAAUAGGAGUUGCAUGUUUUGCAAUUUUGAUUGUGACUUAAAAGAAUAAGGUACCAACAUCUAUUUUGUAAGAAUUAUGAUGAACAAUAUUAUAUAAAUAUAUAUUGAUGAUAUCUUUUCAUUUUCUAUGAAAACAUUUAAUACAGUCUCUUGUAUUGGGUAUGAAAUCAUUCUGCUAUGUAUCCACAAAUUGACAGAUAAGCAGUAUAUUUCAUGAAUAAUCUUUGUAUCUUUUCUACAAAUUUAUAUACUCAAACACUAAAGCUGCUAAAUGUAUAAACUACUGUAAAUCUUCAUCACAUAUUUUUUUAUUUAUUUUUUUUUCUUCAUUUUAACUCGCUUUAAAAGUAUUUAAUUUGAUUGAACUAAAUUAUGAAUCUCGCUUAAAACUGGUAAAAAGUGGAUGAUAACUGACCAAUAAUUGGCAAAAAAUUUGGUGUAUAUCAAAGUACUGUUAAACUUUUUACAUAAUAAAGUGGGAUAUUGUUGAAUAAAAAAAAUGUUCAAAUGUU